AUGUCUGAAGUGCUACUAUCUAUCAUUCUAUCUAUCUCAGUCUGCUCAUAUCUAUUAAUCUAUCUAUCGAUUGAUCUCUGUCUGUUCAUAUCUAUCUAUCUAUCUAUCUAUCUAUCUCUCACUCUCUCUAUGGAAGCAAAUUUUCCCGUGGAAAAUUUUUGCAUCAUGGCUGACAGUGAUGAUGAAUAUGAUAGACGACGUGGCAGAGAUAAAUUUCGACGAGAGAGGAAUGAUUAUGACCGCAGAGAUGAACGGCGAAGAGAUUCUUGGGAUCAUGACAGGGCUCGAAGUGCUUCAACUCGAUCACGUGAUGUCUGGAGUAGUCGCAGUCGAGAAAGCAGUAAACGAGAUUCUUAUGGGCGUGAUUAUGAUUCUCGGCGACGUGACCGCUACAGUCCUCCAAGGCAUGACAUGAGCCCCCCACAGAUGAAAAGAAUGCGCAGAGACUGGGAUGAUGGCGGCGGUGGUGGUGGUGGCGGUGGCAACAGUGGAGCUGGGGCAGGAGGAGGAGGAGGCGGUGGUGGUGUAGGUGGCGGGGGUGGUGGUGUUGGAGGAGGUGGAGGCGCCGGAGUUGGUGGCGUUGGAGCAGCUGGGGUUGGCCGUUUUGAUAUGCCUUACAAUGCAGGGACUGGCCAAAUUCAUGGUGGCGGGCCUCCUCAUCCCACCUGGGGACCUGGAAUCGAAAUGAACCUACCUCCGCAAAACCAGCCUCAUUAUGGAAAUAGUCCAGGCCAAAACAGAAUGGAACUGGAUUACCCAACCCAACCUCCAAUGUUAACAUUUAAGCAGUUCCUGUCUCAGCAGGAUGACAGCAUCAGUGACCAAGAUGCUAUCAAAAAAUACAACGAAUACAAAAUGGAAUUCAAGAAAGGACAGAUUACAGAAUUCUUUCUUGCUCACAAAGAGGAAGAAUGGCUCCUACUCCCUCUUCACAGCUCCAUCCACGGAUUUCUGGAAGCUUACAACAGCCUCACAUCUUUUAGGCUUCUAGGCUUUAUAAUCACACCUUCUUUGAUUGAGGACGACUACUCAGGUGACUGCUACUGUCGUGGCUACUGCGGCAGCACAUACACAUUGUGCCAGAUGCCAGCUCUCUGGCUGGCUGGUCUCCAACACAGGUUUAAGUAUAAAUACCAUCCAGAGGAAUGUUCUAAGCGUCAUGAAGAGCAGCAUGCUGCCCUGCAACGGCGACUUCAAAUCUUUUUAGAACUUAUGGCUCAGAAUCGUGUUGAUUCCUGUUCAGUGGAUGUUGAGAAAUCUGAUGAACUCAUCAAAAUCUUAGACGCUGCUGUUAUCAAACUGGAAGGUGGAGAUGAUACGGACCUGAAAAUUUUGGAUGAACCAGAAUCUUUAGAGAAGGAAGAUAAUCUGCGAAGCCGAAACAGCUCAGAGUCACAAGUCCACAGUGAGAAAAAAAUUGAGGAAGAAGUUGAGAAAAGCACUCCAGUAAAACAUUCCAAAUCUCCCGAAGAAUCGUUUGCACAGAAUGAGAAAAAGAAAGAAAAAACUGAAAAAAAAGAGGACAACAAAGAGGAAGAAGAUAAGCAACCUGAUCAACCUCUGGAACUGCCAAUCAGUAAAGAACAAGAAGAACUGCAGAGACAGGCUCAAGAAUUCUCCAAACAACAACAGAAUCAAUCUGAAGAUGGCAAUGGAGGAGAAGAGGAAGAUCGGGAGACCAAAGGCAAAAAGAAACGUCACCGUGACAAAACAGAAUACAGCUACGAAACAGGAUCUGAAUCUGAGAGUGGUUCUGAUUCUGAACCAGAACCUGCUCCUCCAGGUGUUGAUGAUCCUCCUGUAGCCAGUAUGGAAGAUUCUCCUAUGACAAAUGUGGAAGAAACAAAAGAAAAAAGUGACGAGGAGGAAGAUGAAGGGGAGAAGUCAGAAGAAGAUGAAGAGGAGGAAGAAGAGGAUGAGGAGGAAGAGGAAGAAGAUGCAGAAAGUUCGGCAGAAAAGGAAAUGAAAUCUGAUGAAAAAGAGAAAGAUGUGGAUACUGCCGAAGAUGGUGUUCAACACAAAUCCAACGGCAGUCAGGCACCUCGUGCUCUCCACAAAACUUGCUCAAUAUUUCUACGCAACCUUGCUCCUUCAAUUACCAAACAAGAGGUCGUUGCUACAUGUCGGCGCUAUCCUGGUUUCAUGCGAGUAGCUCUUCAGGACCCACAACCAGAACGCAGGUUUUUCAGACGUGGUUGGGUCACUUUUGAACGUAAUGUCAACAUUAAAGAAAUCUGUUGGAAUCUCAAUAACAUUCGUCUGCGUGACUGUGAACUGGGGGCCAUCGUGAACAGGGAGCUGAAGCAGCGAGUGCGCCCCGUCCAUGGCAUUACGGCCCACAAGCCCAUUGUCAAGCAGGACAUCAAACUUACGGCUAAGAUUAUCCAAAACUUGGACUCUAAGUGGAAACUCUGGGAAGAUGUGGGUGAGGAGAAGAAAGAUGCCGAAAAGUCAUAUGGUUUGGUGUCAAAGAAUCCUGUGUUGAAGAACAUAACAGAUUAUCUUGUUGAAGAAGGCAGUUAUGAGGAGGAAGAGCUUCUUGGUGAAAGUGUUGAUGAUAAAGACAAACCCAAAGAAGGAAUGCAAGAAAUAUCAGUUGAAAGAGAUGCCACUCUUCUUUCUGUUCUUGACCGCAUGAUCCUCUACUUGCGUAUUGUCCACUCAUUGGAUUACUAUAGUGCCAGCGAGUAUCCAAAUGAAGAUGAGAUGCCCCAUAGAUGUGGUAUUAUCCAUGGACGUGCCCCACCACCUCUCAAAAUGACACAGAAUGAUGUGACUGAAUGGAUGACAAAUUUUGAGACUAAAGUGAAAAGCUUUGUUGAAAUGCAAGACCUUUUGGAGAAAGCAGAAUCUAUCCAGUUGGGUAGAAAAGACCCUGAUGUUGAAGUGGAAAAAUUUGUGACUUCCAACACACAAGAAUUAGCCAAAGACAAAUGGCUUUGUCCACUCAGUGGUAAGAAGUUCAAAGGUCCAGAUUAUGUAAAGAAACACAUAUUCAAUAAGCAUGGUGAAAAAAUUGAGGAAGUCAAAAAAGAGGUAUCUUUCUUCAACAAUUAUCUCUUGGAUCCCAAACGACCACAACUCCCUGAACAUCCAGGCAACAAACAGACAGGACCCUCCACUUCAGGUGGCCAACGGGACAGCCUCCUAGGCCCAGGCAAUGCCAAUGCUUAUCAAGGUCUCCCCCAGAUGCUAGCAUAUAAUCAACCACGUCCUCCUCUGCUUUAUGCAGGUCCUCCUGCUCCUUAUGGUACAUCCAACUAUACCCGAGAUAAUUAUCGUCUUGAUUAUAGAAGAGGGGGUGUUGGUGGUUAUGCUAAACCAUACAGACGUCCUGAUCCGAGAUCCAUAAUUGAAUACAGAGAUUUAGAUGCUCCAGAAGAUGUGGACAUUUUCUAA